UGUUUUGUACAGUUAGGUACGAACGUGAAAAUAAUUACCGCGCAAAAAGUGCUUGUGUACUGUUAAAAAAAAUGGGAAAACGGAAGCGAGAAGACAAAUAAACUCUUAUGAAACUCAAGAGGAAAAUAAGAAAACUAGAAAGACGUCUAGUUUCCACCUCUGAAUCUAGUUCUGAUACUUCUGGCUCAGAAGAAAAAACAUCAGACAGCGAGUCGGAAGUAGAAAUGAAUGAGUUCGCGCCAGCGCUAUCUCCCAUAGACCAAAACGUGCAACAGGAUGCCAGUCAAAUGCCCACUUCAGAUAUCGCCCCUAUGCAUCUACUAAUGCUUAAUAGAGCAGAAGACAGCAAUAAAGGGCCAGAAAUUCAUGAAGGAAUCGCUUGUUUGUGGAAAGAAAUCUUAACUAAGGGCAUCGAUCGAGAAAAUAGGAAUCAAAUGUUGAAAAAGUAUCCUAUAAUAAAAAAAUGCAAAACUCUUCUAGCACCUUCAGUUAAUGGAGAGAUCAUGGAGGCACUAGAAAAUGAGGCACUUAAAAAGACAGAUAACUUUUUAAGUAAAUUACAAGACCAGUUAGGCAGCGCUUUAAGCGCACUGGCUGUCCCCUUAGAUAGUAUGUUUUCUAAACCAUCAGAAAACACUAAUUCCCUUGUGGAGAAUUUGAUGGAUGCUGGAAAAUUAUUUGUUGAUAUGCAUCAUACCAUUUCUCUACACCGACGGUUCUUAAUUGGACCAAGUUUAAAUCCAGCGUUGAAGAAGAUUGUUGAAGAUUCUAAAAUAGAUUCCCUGUCGUAUGGGGAAGACUUCCCGGAAAGGCUGAAGAACCAGCAGGAGAUCCAACGUUCAAGCAAACAACUAAAAAUAGCUAAGCCCAAGGUUACUCAUUCAACUAGUACCUUUAAAGGAUACCGGGCAGGUCCUUCACAGGAAAAGAAGUUUUAUACAAAAAAAUUUCAUCGCCCCUCCGAGUUAUUGAGGCUGAAGAAAGGGGGGAGAAACAGAUGGAGAGCCAGAAGAAGCAAUAUCGGACACCAUCCAGCCACUACAAGUCCCAAUACAGAAAAUGCAGAUGAACGUGAGUAAUGAGUAUGCAGGACGGCUUAGAUUUUUUGUUAGUGUAUGGAAGCAGUUAACAACUAAUCCUUAGUUUUAAAGUGGUUAAACGGAUACAAAAUACCCUCAGAAAGACUCCCAAACAAAAAUAUUUCUUUAAAAAGAGAAUCAAUAAAAAAGAGGGGAAGUUGUAUCAGGAUCAAAUUAAAACUCUGUUAUAAAUUGAAGUGAUAAAAAAUCUAGACGUAUAAGAGGAGAAUUCCUUUCUUCCUACUUUUUAGUAAGAAAACCCAAUGGAUCAUUUAGAUUCAUCCUGAACCUUAAAAAGCUAAAUACGCUUUUAACUCCGCCCCAUUUUAAACUAGAGGAUUAUAGAUCUACCUUAAAAAUAAUACAAAAAGAUUGCUAUAUGACUACAAUUGACCUUAAAGACGCUUACUUUUUGAUAUCCGUUAAUAAGAAGUACCGGAAAUACUUGAGGUUUUUGUUUGGCAGUCAAAGAUACGAGUUUAGAUGUAUCCCAUUUGGUCUAUGUACUGCACCUUUUUAGUAGUAUAUUUAGACGAUAUACUUAUACAAGGAGACUCCUCAACAGAAUGUAAACAAAAUACAGAUUUAAUUCAAAAUAUUUCAACUUCAUUAGGUUUCUUAAUAAAUUAUGAAAUAGCUCUUUGAUCCCCAAAAAAUAAUGCACAUUCUUAGGUUUUUUUAUACAGGGUGCGGCAGAGAGGAUGGACGGUUUUAAAAAAAUCAUAAAAUGGUUAAUUUUUAC